UGCAAAAAGGGCAUUGCAUUUGUGCGUUUACUAGGCUAUUAGGCACGUUUGUUUUUCACACGUGUGGUUGUUUGCAGGUCAGGGCUUAUGGACCAGGACUGGAGAAGUCUGGCUGUGUCAUAAACAAACCUGCUGAGUUCACCGUCGAGGCCAAAGAUGCCGGAAACGGACCGCUGGAAAUCAUCGCACAGGAUGCAGAUGGAGUCCCCAUCGACGUGAAGGUGAAGAGCAAAGGGGAUAACGUGUAUUCCUGCUCGUACACGCCGACCUCAGCCAUCAAGCACACGCUGGCCGUGACCUGGGGAGGCGUCAGUGUUCCCAACAGCCCCUUCAGGGUGAAUGUCGGAAAGGGAAGCCACCCUCACAAAGUCAAGGUGUUUGGGCCAGGAGUGGAGAGAAGCGGACUGAAGGCUCAUGAACCGACGCACUUCACCGUAGACUGCACUGAAGCUGGAGAAGGUGACGUCAGUGUCGGUAUCAAGUGUGACGCUAAUGUUAUCAGUGAUCAGGAAGAGGAUGUUGAUUUUGACAUUAUUCCCAAUGCCAAUGACACCAUCACUGUCAAAUACAUUCCUCCUGGAGCGGGACGCCUCACGAUCAAAGUGCUUUUUACUGAACAAGAAAUCCCGGUCAGUCCGUUCCGUGUUAAAGUGGAUCCCUCACAUGACGCCUCCAAAGUGAAAGCAGAGGGACCAGGGCUCGCCCGAGCAGGUGUGGAGAGUGGAAAACCAACACACUUCACUGUUUACACCAAAGGAGCUGGCAAAGCUCCGCUGGACGUGCAGUUUUCUGGACCUAAUAAAGGACAGCCCGUUCAAGACUUUGAGAUCAUUGACAACUAUGACUAUUCCCACACUGUCAAAUACACACCGCUCCAGCAGGGAGAGAUGGUGUUAACAGUGACCUUCGGUGGAGACCCUAUUUCUAAAAGCCCCUUCGCUGUGGGUGUAACGGCUCCGCUGGACCUUAGCAAGAUCCAAGUGGAUGGCCUGGAAAAUCGUGUGCAAGUGGGCGAGGAUCAAGAGUUUGCUAUUGGUACAAGAGGAGCAGGCGGACAGGGCAAACUUGAAGUCAAGAUCACCAGCCCCUCGGGGAUGUCCGUGCCCUGCGUGGUUGAGCCUCAACCAGGUAAAGGAGCCAGUCUAGUGAAGUACAUCCCCAAAGAGGAGGGCGUUUACGUGGUGGAGGUUGUCUACGAUGGCAAUCCCGUGCCAGGAAGCCCUUUCCCAGUUGAAGCCAUGCUGCCUCCUGAUCCCAGCAAGGUCAAAGCGUUCGGUCCAGGAUUGAAAGGUGGUCUUGUAGCAAGUCCAGCUGAGUUUAACAUUGACACCAAGGGCGCUGGAACCGGUGGCCUCGGUCUAACCGUCGAGGGUCCGACCGAAGCCAAAAUCGAGUGCUCUGACAACGGCGAUGGCACCUGCUCUGUGUCGUACCUCCCCACCGAACCCGGAGAGUAUCUAGUCAACAUUCUCUUCGAGGACGUCCAUAUUCCCGGCUCGCCCUUCCACGCAGACAUCCAAUAUCCGUUUGAUCCCACCAAAGUGGUGGCAUCCGGAUCCGGGCUGAAACGAGGCAAAGUAGGCGAGAUCAGUGUGCUGAACGUCGACUGCGCCAAAGCUGGACCGGGCCAGUUAACGCUGGAGGCCGAGCCUGACUCUGGAGCCAAAGCCAAGACUGAAGUUCUGGACAACAAGGACGGGACCUACACGGUCACCUACGUCCCGCUGACGGCCGGUAUGUACACACUGCUGCUGAAGUACGGAGGAAAGACUGUCCCCAACUUCCCCGCCAAAGUGACUGUGGAUCCGGCUGUUGAUACCAGCAAAGUGAAGGUGUUUGGACCAGGAGUUGCAGGAGAAGGAGUUUUCAGGGAGGCCACCACUGACUUCACUGUGGAUGCACGAGCUCUGACCAAAGUUGGUGGGAAACACAUAAAAGCUCAUGUGAAGAACCCGUCAGGUGCUGCUACAGACUGUGUUAUUAGUGACAACGGUGAUGGGACUUAUAACGUGGAAUACACACCGUUUGAGAAUGGAGUCCACAGUGUGGAGGUUCUGUACGAUGACACUCCUGUUCAAAAGAGUCCGUUCCAGGUCGGGGUGGGUGAGGGCUGUGACCCCUCACGUGUGCAGGCCAAGGGCCCGGGUCUGGAAGAAGCACUGACUGACAAACCCAACAAGUUCUCCAUCGUCACCAGAGGAGCUGGUAUCGGUGGAUUGGGAAUAACCGUGGAAGGUCCGUCUGAGUCGAAGAUGUCCUGCAAAGAUAACAAAGACGGCAGCUGUAAUGUGGAAUACACCCCGUAUGUGCCUGGUCUGUAUGACGUCAACAUCACGUAUGGAGGACAGCACAUUCCCGGAAGCCCAUUUAAAGUGCCAGUGAAGGAUGUUGUUGACUGCAGUAAGGUGAAGAUCUCUGGGCCUGGUGUCGGUUCUGGAGUGAGAGCUAAAAUCCCACAAUCCUUCACUGUGGACUGCAGUAAAGCUGGUGUCGCUCCUCUCUCUGUGGCUGUGACUGGACCUAAAGGUAUAGCUGAACCAGUUGAAGUCACAGAUAACGGUGACGGCACACACACAGUGGCCUACACGCCGUCUGUCGAGGGCUCGUACUCGGUCGCAGUCAAAUACGCAGACGAGGAAGUUCCACGCAGUCCGUUCAAGCUGCGCGUUCAGCCCACUCAUGAUGCCAGUAAGGUGCGUGCCAGCGGCCCCGGGCUCACCACCGGCCUCUCGGCCAGCUUCCCGGUGGAGUUCACCAUCGACGCCAAAGAUGCCGGCGAGGGCCAGCUGUCUGUGCAGAUCACCGAUCUGGAUGGUAAACCCAAGAAAGCCAACAUUCAGGACAACUGCGACGGAACCUACAAAGUGUCUUAUGUGCCUGAUAAGGUGGGCCGUUACACUAUUGUGAUCAAGUACGGCGGAGACGAGAUCCCCACUUCUCCAUAUAGAGUGAGAGCGAGCGCUACAGGAGACGCCAGCAAGUGUACAGUCACCGGACCUGGCAUCGGGCCGACCAUCGGCAUUGGAGAGGAGGUCGGGUUUGUGGUGAACACUAAAGAAGCGGGGAAGGGGAAGGUCUCCUGCGUCGUAGUGACUCCAGACGGCACCGAGGUGGAAGCUGAAGUUAUCGAGAACAAGGACGGCACCUUCGACAUCUUCUACACGGCUCCUAAACCCGGGACGUACGUGAUUUACGUGCGCUUUGGAGGGGAGAACAUCCCCAGGAGCCCCUUCAAAGUCAUGGUUACAGAUGGCGCGUAUGUUCCUGCCAACAGCGUGAACGGGACGGGGUACAGGCCUUUCGAUAUGGUGAUUCCCUUCACCUUUAGGAAGGGGGAAAUCACAGGUGAGGUUCACAUGCCGUCAGGUAAAAGCGCCCAGCCUGAGAUCAUCGACAACAAAGACGGGACGGUCACGGUGAAGUACGCGCCCACAGAGGCUGGCCUCCACGAAAUGCACAUUAAAUUCAACGGGACACACAUCCCAGGUCAGAGUCCACUUUCUUUUUUUUUAGACGUGACGGCCUACGGCCCGGGUCUGGUCUAUGGCACCGCCAGUAAAACCGCCAUGUUCACCAUCUACACUGAAGAUGCGUCUGACGGUGGCCUGGAUUUGGCCAUUGAAGGUCCGUCCAAGGCUGAGAUCAACUGCGUGGACAACAAAGACGGCACUUGUACGGUUUCAUACCUGCCCACGCUGCCUGGAGAUUAUAAUAUACUCGUCAGAUAUAAUGACAAACACAUCGCAGGAAGCCCCUUCACGGCCAGGAUCACAGAGGACAAUAAGAGGAAGUCUCAGGUAAAGCUGGGCUCCGCUGCGGAUUUCUCUCUGGAUAUCCACGAGACGGAUCUCAGUCUGCUCACCGCGAGCAUCAAAGCCCCGUCUGGCCACGAUGAGCCCUGUUUGCUCAAGAGGCAGCCCAGCAAUCACAUCGGCAUUUCCUUCAUCCCAAGAGAAGUCGGAGAGCACCUGGUGAGCAUCAAGAAGAACGGCCGGCACGUUGCUAACAGCCCCAUCACCAUCAUGGUGGUCCAGUCUGAGAUCGGAGACGCCAGCAGAGUCAAGGUGUUCGGUCAGGGUCUGGUGGAGGGAUGCACCUUCGAGAUGACAGACUUUGUGGUGGACACCAGAGAAGCUGGUUACGGCGGUUUGGCGCUGGCCAUCGAGGGUCCCAGUAAGGUGGACAUACAGACAGAGGACAUGGAGGACGGCACUUGUGGCAUCUCAUAUUGUCCGACUGAGCCAGGCACCUACAUAGUGUCCAUCAGGUUUGCAGAAGAGCACGUCCCUGGAAGUCCGUUCAGCGUGAAAGUGACGGGCGAAGGUCGUGUCCGUGAGAGCAUCACUCGCCGUCAGAAAGCUGCUUCCGUCGCUAGUGUUGGCAGCGUUUGUGAUCUCAAUCUGAAGAUCCCAGGAAUCGACCUCCAGGACGUCUCGGCGCAGGUCAGGAGCCCGUCGGGAGCCACGGAAGCGGCUGAGAUGGUGGCGGUGGGAAAUCACACCUACUGCGUGCGCUUCGUGCCUCACGAGAUGGGCGUUCACACGGUGAGCGUGCAGUACCGCGGGCAGCACGUGCCGGGAAGCCCCUUCCAGUUCACCGUCGGCCCGCUGGGUGAAGGAGGAGCCCGCCAGGUGCGAGCCGGAGGGCCGGGUCUGGAGAAGGCCGACACCGGUGUGCCAGCUGAGUUUAAUGUGUGGACGCGUGAGGCGGGCGCCGGCGGUCUGUCCAUCGCUGUUGAAGGCCCCAGUCGUGCAGAAAUCUCCUUCGAGGAGAGGAAGGACGGAUCAUGUGGCGUCUCAUAUGUAGCUCAGGAACCAGGCGACUACGAAGUGUCUAUAAAGUUCAACGACGAGCACAUUCCCGACAGCCCUUACCUGGUGCCCGUCUACGCUCCUGUCGACGACGCUCGGCGACUCACUGUUACCAGUCUUCAGGAGUCGGGUCUGAAGGUGAAUCAGCCGGCAUCAUUUGCAGUGCGUCUGAACGGAGCAAAAGGCCACAUGGAUGCUAAAGUUCACAGUCCGUCCGGAGCCCUGGAGGAGUGUGUGGUGUCUGAGCUAGAGCAAGACAAGUACGCCAUCCGUUUCAUCCCUCGAGAGAACGGCAUCCACGACAUCGACGUGAAGUUUAACGGGACGCACAUUCCGGGCAGUCCGUUCCAGGUGCGUGUGGGAGAACCGGGACAGAGCGGGGAUGCUGGACUCGUCACAGCUUACGGCCCCGGUCUGGAAAGAGGAAGCACAGGUAACCAGGCUGAGUUUACCAUCAAUAACACCAAAGCGGGGCCGGGAUCUCUGGCCGUCACCAUCGAGGGCCCGUCGAAGGUCAAGAUGGAGUGUCAGGAGUGUCCCGAAGGCUUUAAAGUGCACUACACACCAAUGGCCCCUGGAAACUACAUCAUCACUAUCAAAUACGGCGGCCCCAACCACAUCAGCGGAAGCCCGUUUAAAGCCAAAGUCACAGGGCCGCGGCUGGUGAACGUGACUAACGCCAGCGAGAUGUCCACUCUGAUGGUGGAGUCGGUGAGCAGGGCGAGCAGCGUGAACUCAUACAGCGCCUCUCCCAGAGCCGCUUCUGACGCCAGCAAGGUUCUCAGUCGAGGUCCGGGUCUCAGCAAGGCCUUCGUGAGCCAGAAAGCGUCUUUCUCUGUGGACUGCAGUAAAGCAGGUGAGAUCUCGGGUUAUUACUGGACACAAAUUGAGCAUGAGCCAGAUAAAAGGGCUUAG